AUGCGCCAGUCAUCCCAGCUACUCUACCCUUCUUUCCCGGUCUCUGACUCUUUCGACGUUGUCGCGACUUCUGUGGCUCGUUUCCCGAAUCCCGCCUUCGCCAUGCCGGACCCAAAGGCCAAUGUCAGCAGCAUUCCAAUCUUCAGGAUUGACUCCGUCCCGGGCUCGGAAGAGAGCAACACUAGAAACGGGACCGGUAGUAUAACACCGGCAAGCAUGCCUGCUACUCCAGGCGAGAGGUCCGACGACGAGGGCUUCCAAUUCACCCCGAAGCGGGCGAUGGCAUCUUUUGAGAAUUUGGUGGCCAUGGCCAACCACCAAGAACGGUUGAAGGAGGCUAGAAAGAUGGUGUGGAGAGAUAGAGGCCAGCCGGUGGUGGAGCUUGAUACUUUAGAGGCAUGUUUAGCUCAUGCUAUGUCAGGGGGUAUUAGGUCUGCAACGUUGGCAUUUAACAUUCGAGCGCUCCUCAACUUAGUGCUAGCGCUCAUUCGCAUUCACCGCGUACCAAGGGACUAUCGCAUUGCGAUGAUACGGCAAGCCGUGUUUGGGUCUGAUACCUGGAGAUUUGCAGCUAUGCUUGGCUCUUUUACAUCUUUAUACAAGUUUCUUAUUAAUGCCCUCCCUAUCCUCAUCCCAGCCAUUCGGCCCAAACAGUCAACUAGUGGCUCUGCUCUCGAUGACGAGGAUAAUGAGCUCGACGUCGAGGCCCAGACCAGUCUGGAAGUCCCUCUAGAAAAGCGGAAAGGUCGCCUGUCGUUGACGAAACGUGCACAAAUGGUCUUGAUCCGGAAGCAGACACGCAGAUGGCACGCUGCACUUGCCGGAGCUGUUGCAGGUGGACUUGCCAUUAUGUGGGAAAAGAGAAGUAGGCGAGGGGUAAUUGCCCAACAGUUGUUUGUGCGUGGGCUUCAGGGGAGUUAUAACGCGUUUACGACGAAGAGGGGGCUUCAUGUACCGCAUGGAGACGUUCUUGUGUUCUCACUUGCCUGUGGACAGAUUGUUUAUGCAUUUUUGUUGAGGCCAGACACUUUGCCUCGUUCGUACAGAAGCUGGAUGAGCCAAGCUUCAAAGGUCCCUGCUGAGUGUGUUCGUAUGAACCAUGACAUGGUACGCGAGGGGGUUUUCGACCUGAAAGAUCUCGAACAACUAAUCCGGCGACCCGACAUCACGGCUGCAAACAAAGCGGACCUCCUUUCCCUGCGCACCCGAUUUCUCAACCCCCUACUAUCUGCUGACGGAGCUGUAGAUUACUUCCCCCGCUAUGGCCCGUGUUCAGCAGUUCAUCCUGCACUUUCUUCGUGUUCGUCGGUCCCAGUUGACCGAUUCUUCGCGGUGUUCAAGUGGAUGCUGCCUAUCUAUGGCGCGUUACAUUUCUUCCCGGCGGUUCUAUUUAAGCGCAAGUCGUUCGUGCAGGACCCUGGAAAGGUGUUGUUGAAGGCUACCCUUGGAAGUUUGCGGAGUUCAGCGUUUUUGGGCGCGUUCGUCGCGGUUUACCAAACCAUUUAUUGCUAUAAGCACAAAAUACACAAAUUCCUCACCCUUCUGCGCAAUGGAGCUAUACCAGCUUCAUUAUUGACCUCUCCACUUGCCAAAAUUCCACAAUGGAUCAUUGACCUGCUCGUCUCGAAGGUUUCAUUCUGGCUACCCGGAUUCAUUGGCGGCUUGGCCCUGUUUGUGGAAGAGAAGAGAAGACGCGGCGAGCUAGCUAUGUAUGUGCUGCCUAAGGGCUUAGAGAGUGCCUGGGUGAUGGCCCGAGGCAAAGGGUAUGUGUUCAGGACCGGGAAAUGGGGUGAGACUCUGUUGACCGCUAUUGGAAUGGCGAUGGUCAUGGUAGGCAAACUUUUUGGAAUCCCAUUGAUGAUUAGACCACUGACAUUUUUGGUUGCAGAGCACGUAUCAAAACGACCCCCAGCAUCUUUCUGGGUUGGUCCGAAGAGUGAUGUAUCAGUUCAUUGGGCCGAACUAGCGAAUGGUACACGAAAACAUCUUUUCGAUGACGCGAGAACCAGAUACGAAGCUCGCUAA